GAAGUACAACAAUAAGCGUCAUAAAAAAAUCUAAGCACACCUCUAGUAAAGAUCCUGAAGGUCCAUAAUUACAAUGAACAAUAUCCAUUAACAGCAAUUAAGAUUCACAUAUAAUUUGAUACAUUUCAACUUGACAUCUAAACAUGAGUGAAAACUUCAUCGACAGUUCACGAUGUUUAUCCCCUGGAGAUCAGAAAAUACCUCUAAAACGUCAAAAACUUGACACAUCGAACAACUCCUCAAGUCUCAACACGUCAGGCAAUUACCCCGUGCGGAACACCGAGUGGGAAACAACGUGCAUGAAGGAAGAAAUCGCGCGCCUUCGUAAAAAGUUAUUGCAGACUGAAGCCCUCCUGAAGUUGCGUGAACAAAAAAGAGAAUUGUUUCAGAAAGAGAUGGACAUGCUGGAGAUGCAGUUGCAGGUGGAGGCUGAAACAACCGAGCGGCUGCAUUGUGAUCUAGAGACAGCAAUAAGGAACAUUCAUGCAGCUCAUGAAGCCCAGAUGACUGCGGAAGACGCACUUUCUGAAGCAAAGACCUCAAUGGAGAAGGAAAUCAGAGAAUUGAUGAAUGAAAACGCCUGUUUAGCAGCCAAGACCAUCCGUUCCAGCUGUAUGAAAACUCCAGCACCGUCACAGUUCCAGGAGGAUGCUACAGAGACUCAGAGGAAGUUGAAAACUACAGAGCAGAGAAUAAUCAAGUUGGAAGAACAGUUGGAGGGGCAUUUAACGCUGCAGGCACAAUUCGAUCGUCAGAAAAGGAAGCUUGAAGAGGCGGAAGUCACAAUUCAGAAGUUGAAGGCAGAGUUAUUCGCUCGGGAACAUCCAAAAGAACUUUCGGUAGUGACGAGACGUCUUGAGCACUUGGAGCAGGGGUCUCUAGAUGCGAACAAGUUCAUCUCACCCCUUCGUGCAGUUGAAGAGAAGAGGCAUCUUCUUGAAAAGCAAAGGCUUCGUUUGCAGAAACGAUUGGAGGAAAAGGGAGACAGUCCAUUAGUGCAGGAGGAUGUUGAGAUACUGUUUGAAGGUAACAAUUUACCAAUGAUCAGUACUGAGAUGCAGACCAAAGCUCAGGACGCUUAUCAAUUACCAGAUGUUCCACAAAUAACGAUUAAAAUCGAUCCUGAUCUGCCGUUGAGUGAGGACGAUUUGUCCAACGCAAUCGAUCAUGAGAAUGAGGAUGAUUGUGAUUCUACAGAUGCAUUUGAUCAUCAGAGUUCGUCAUCAACAGCUCCAGACAAAGAUGUAUCUCCUUCCCUCCGAGCAUCGAAGAACAUCAACUCGUCUUCAUUGAAAUCGAAGAAAGCAGAGCCAAGAAGAGUCCCUGCGUGCACGGCAAGAAAGGAUUCCUUCGUUCGUCCCACGAAUCCAAAGUUCUUCGAGAUUAAUUGGGACAGAGAGUACAGUUGCCCGGAGAAGGGGACAUGGGCGUGCAAGAAGUGCCCCGAAAUUUUCACACGUAGCGAACGAAUGCAGGAUCAUGUGUGGGUAACACAUUAUGGAGAGAAAUUUGAGUGUGUCCAUUGCUGUCAUCGUCUCUCGUGGAGGGGAUCCAUUGGUGUGCAUAAUAAAAAAGAACAUCCUCAAUUAAUUAAUCAGAGGAAGAGUAAGAAAGAAAUUCGUUAAUUAAUUGAGAGAUACCAGAGGGAAUAAUUUUCGAUUGAGCUUAACAACAGUAGAUGUUGUGUUCGUUUCUUUCCUUUCAAUUAUUCUAUAAGCCGCGAAAAUUUCAUCGCAUUAGUAUUUUUUUUUUUCAUUUGUUCCGUUGGACGAUUGACAUGAACAUUCAGUAGAUUCUCAGUAUUUAAUUAAAAGUGAUAAGAUUCUUCUUAUGAGUGUUAAAUAAAUACGAAAAUAUUUAUAUACAAAGACGGUUAACUCUCUUGAAUUCCAGACAUUACGUGGAAAUAGCACUCUCAGCUAAAUACAUUCACUCUCAUAUCAACCUCUUACACGGAACUGAAUUUCUUAUGGAUUUCAAUUUCAUUCGUCGGUACUUACAAAUGAGGUGUGAUUGUUUGUAUUUAUUGUCUUAUCAUUGA